AUGGUGAUUGCUGUCAGUAGUGUCAUCUUUAUAUGUCAAAGACGGAGAUACAAAAACAGCAAGAUUAAGAGAGCAAAUGCCUGUUCAGUGAGCAUGUUCAGGCACAGUUCCUCACAUUCUCACAAGACUUUCAGGAUCAAGGCAUUCCUGGCCAAGAAACAAAAGCAAAAUUGCCCCAUUACUCAGCUGACUCACAUGAAUUCUGGUAAUAAAAUAAGGUACAACUUCAAGAGGAGACAUUAUAGGAGAAUCAAGCUGAGUCUAUAA